GCUUUUAGGUCGCAUUUGGCCGCCGGAUGCGCACGUGGGAGCAUAUGCAACAAGUGAAUAAGUUGGCACGCGCGCUCGGUCCGGCUUUUUAAACUUUUUUUUGCCCCGCUAUUUGUCUGUCUCGAGACCGAUGCUGUCAGCUGCCGCGCGCUCCUCUAUCUGCUCCCAGCUCUGUCGCAACGAAGGAGAAACUCUCGUGGGCUUCAACUUUUUAGAGGUUCUGAGAAUGAGCUUCGCAUAACGUCGACUUUUUCUUUGUUAUCUACCCCCUCCUCUUGUGUUUUCCCCGCUCUACUGCAUAGAAGUAUGGUAGAUAAAGGCCCCUUGCUGACUUCUGCCAUCAUCUUCUACCUCUCCAUUGGGGCAGCGAUAUUUCAGGUCCUGGAGGAGCCCAACUGGAAGGAGGCUGUGAAGCAGUACAGGAAGCAGAAGGAGAAAAUACUUGAGGACUACCCUUGCCUGUCCAAAGAUGACCUGGACAAAAUAUUAGAGGUAGUGUCUGAUGCUGCAGGCCAAGGGGUCACCAUAACUGGCAGUAAGACAUUUAACAACUGGAACUGGCCCAAUGCUGUCAUCUUUGCUGCUACAGUCAUCACCACCAUUGGAUAUGGAAACAUCGCCCCUAAAACCUCAGAAGGCCGGGUAUUUUGCAUCUUCUAUGGGCUUUUCGGGGUGCCCCUUUGUCUUACCUGGAUCAGUGAGCUGGGCAAGUUUUUUGGUGGCAGAGCAAAGCACCUGGGACAGUUUCUAACCAAAAAGGGAUUUUCAUUGAGAAAAGCCCAGUUUACCUGCACAGCCAUUUUUCUUCUCUGGGGUGUGCUGGUCCAUUUAGUCCUUCCGCCUUUUGUGUUCAUGUCCCAGGAGGGCUGGACGUACAUCGAAGGGUUGUACUUCUCUUUCGUCACCUUGACCACAAUUGGUUUUGGGGACUUGGUUGCAGGUGUGGAGCCAAAUAAAGAGUAUCCAACUCUCUACCGUUACUUUGUGGAAGUCUGGAUUUAUCUGGGGCUGGCCUGGCUGUCCUUGUUCUUCAACUGGAAAGUUCGGAUGGUGAUUGAAGCCCACAAGGCUUUGAAGAAACGUCGCAAGCUGCGCAAGCUGUCUCUUGAAGAGAUGCGCCAUUACAAAGAAUCUCACAAAGCUUCUCUUCGUUUGCCGCCCACUCCCAACGAUGUGAACAUUUUCAGCUUCUUGUCCAAGAAGAAGGAGGGGUACAACGACUUAAUAAAGCAGAUUGGUAGUAAUAAUGAAGGUAAUCACAGGACCAGUGACUCCAGCAAGAAAGCCAAAGACAUAAGUCGCUCUAAGAGUUGCAAUGAUGCACCAGAAUUCAAUGGUCACACCAUCCUCAGCCUGGACCGUUCACCACGCCAAAAGAGACGCUACAGUUUCAGCGACCGUGUUACUGUCGUCUUUUCAAAGUCCAAAAAUUACCUGCUGGGCUCAGAUAAUGGUUUAUUACUAACAGAAGAUCAGGGAGAGGGUGACCCAGAACGAGACCAAAACCAAAUGUACGAGAACCAACUUGACAAAGACGUUGAUGUAGAAAGCAAGGCCGCUGGAGACUGUGGGGCAGGAGGUCGGAGGACGUGGGACUCUAAAGAGUACCAUCCUCUAACCAUUCAGAAUGCAAACAUAACUUUCAUAGAUGAAGAAAACUUUCUGAGCAGUAACUUGGAGGAGCCGGAGGGCGAGGACGCAGAUGAUGACUCUAAGGCAAAAAUCUCCAUCACAACAUGUGAUGAAAACAUCGAAACAAACUCCAGGGAGGAUCAGAGUUCUGAAUGCGACGGGUCCAUUUUUACAAGUGAUGGUUCGGAACACGGCCACUCCUAUGAGAAGCUCGUGGAGGAAUACGCGAAGGAAGACAACACAGAAUCUUGAGCUGUGAAAGCUGACCAACUUGGUCGAGAAAUCUCUUUGGUCCUCUAGUGUUGGCUGGAAGUAUUUGUAUUCCAAUGUGAAGCAUCCAAGUGCAUAUCAAACAUCUGAGAUCAACUUUGAAAUGGACAAUCAAACUCCACACUAAUAAAGAACAAUAGAGCAUGAGUUGUAACCUCAUGAGGAGUCAACAUCUGCUCAAUUAAAGAUUUUCGUUUUUCAGUCAGUUUGAAGAAAAAUCACGUUAUUUUGAUAUAUUCAAACCAGCAGCAGUUUGUGAGUGAUUUUUAUUCCUGCUCAUAGGCUGAAGUUAUAUGUGGAAAUUGGUUUGAUUUCCCAUAGUUUCAACUAUUUCUCUUCACCAUAUUGGUGCUUUUAAAGAUAUUUAUUAACAUGAAGGACAGUGUAGCCUUUGAGUUGCCGUGUGGGUUUAUGCAUCUGCUGUUGCACAAUUUCAGUCAUAUCAGGGUGUAUGAAAGUCCACUCCGGGGCAGACUUGCUUUUACAACCUGAGCCAAACCUUUGUCUUAAAAUUAAGGGGUGAAGAAUUUUUUUUUACUGCAUUUCAUUAUUAAGGUAAGCUCUUGAUCUUGUCAGAAAUUGGUGUUUAUAUUAUGAGCAACCCAACUGUGAUGUCUUCCAUCUGAGCCCUUACACAAACCGAAAAAGAAAAUUAUUAUAAACAGUAAUAAAAUGCAAGCCGAGUUGAGCCUCUUGAACACUUUUUUUAGCCAUUUCUGCCCUGCUGCCGUCUGCAUCCCAGAUGACAGAUUUGCAACUUCAGCACUUGUAAUUUUUUGUGCUUAACAGGGGAUAAAGCUUUCACAGCAACAACAUUCUUAUAUGCUGUCUCUGUAGCAUUCUUUGAUUUGAUUGUGUUUGCCAUGUAAAUAUUGGCCAAGAGCCAGCCAGUAGCGGGUCUGGCUUUGUGGCCAGACCCGCUUGGGACGUGGCUUUGCUGCUUGUGUUUGCCUUUAUGGGGCUUGCACCAACGUGAACAAAUGAAGUGCUGCUCUUGACAGGCAGCUAAGGUUAACUCGUGGCAAAUCAAUAAACUCUUGACGUAUGUCCUUCAUAUCGGUGCUCCCCGUAAGUGUCAUUUGAGCACAAAACCGAGAUCUCAAACAUCUCCAAUUUUCAGUCUUGCAGGCCUUUUGCACACAAUGUCUUGCACAAAGAUUAAAAAUGGUGUUAGUUGGAAUGGUUUAAAAGCAGCAAUCUCAUGAGGGAUUCUUUAGGAGUCUUCUUUUUUUUUUUCUUUCAAAUUCCAGUUAAAAUUUGUUGAACAACAUGCUUGUAAUAAGUGGUCAUAUUUCAGGGUUGAUUUUAUUUUCCACGUGAACACGUCAAAUGCACAUUGACUAAUAUUACUGCCUCAUUAUGUGAAUAGCCUUAAAUCCACUGCAAAGCAGAGGAUGCACAAAACGGAACAUCUUUUUGAAUGUAUUCUGAGCAACUCACUGAAUAGUUGUUUUUCACACAUGGUGUCAUUUGUUUUUCCUUCUCUGGUAAAUUUCAUCACAGUCCCACCAUUUUUUGUUUCCCUUAUGUGAACAAUCUUUUUUCACUGGUUGUCUAUGCAGCAAGGUACUGCUUUGGACUGAAUUGCAAAAAAUAUAUCUAAGAUUAGAUAUUUUUCUCUCCAUUGUGUUAAACUCCAGUAUAAUUGUCUGUGUAGUUCUGUGUAUUUUUUAUGGUUAAAUUAUUUGUAUUUGUAAGUUUGUACAUAAUUUUCAUGAAAACUGUAUAUUUCUUGUAAAAUAAACUUGCAUCAAAUA